UUUUAAUUAUUACUGUAUUGUUAUAUUUUGGCCAUAUGUGUUAAACUAUAAGAGGUGAAAUACUUGUCUGAUGCAUUGAUUUAGAAGUUAGAUUUGACUGAGGUCUAAACUCCAGCACUGUGAAGAUCCGGAGACAGGCUGAUCACUGAGAAGCUAGAUGUAAUAGUGUGAACGCCUUUUUACAGGGCGUCUCUCCAGCUGUUGUGUGACUCCAGGAUACUGCAUGUAAUUGGUGUCAUGAGGAUGCAAGAAUCAGGAACACAUGACUACUGUCUCCUGAGAGACAGAGAGAGAGAGCGAGAGAGAGAGAGAGAGAGAGAGACAGAGAGAGCGAGCGAGAGAGAGAGAGACAGAGGGAGGUAACAAGACGUGUGAGAGAGAUGAAGAAAAGCAGCAGAUGGAGGAAAGAAACAGGAAGGAUACGUUUGGGGGGGAAAAGUAGUAAGAAGAUUGUGAGGAAAGAGGUUAGGAACGGUGGAUAAAAGAGAGGAGGAGAAGAAAGGAAAGAGAUAGAGAAGGGUUUGGAAUGAAAAGCUUGCUGGUAUGCAGCCGGUCUUGCCCUCACAGUUCUGGCCCAACCACAGGCAUCGGCAAUUUGGACCCAGCUGGCCUGAAUCCAGCGCCCUCAUGGAGCUCACCAUUGACGUGCCCUGCUCCUGCUCCAGCUGUGGGGAGCGUAUCUUCAGGAUGCAUGCCAGCCGGAAAAAGACAAAGCUCCUGGGCGUGAUGAUGAUGGUCAACUUCCUCAUAUACAUCCUGGUAGAAGUGACCCGGAGCUACAGCCAGGGCAAACAAGACAACACACAACCACGUGUCCCUCCAAAUCGCUUCUGGAAGAAGCCUGAACUCAGUGAGGCGUUCUGGAACCGUGAGCAACAAUUCCUGGACCACAUCUACAACCCUUUGAUUGUUUCUGCGGUCUCCACCAGCAACUCAUCCUUCCAGGAGCUCCCACAACUCUCCGACUGGUUGAACUACACGACUCAGGCAGACCCAUGUGAGCCGGACCUCAGCAUGACCAUGCAGAUUAAGGACUAUAACUCCCUGCCCCAGCGCUUCAAGGACUUUCUCCUGUACAUGCGGUGCAGGUCUUACCCUAUGCUAACAGAUGUGUCCAGUGUUUGCUCAGAACAGCCCUUCCUGCUGCUUGCCAUUAAGUCUCUGGCACCACAUUUCGACCGGCGCCAGGCCAUCAGGCAGUCUUGGGGUCGUGCCGGCAUCCUUGACAACCAUCGUGUGGCCACUGUCUUCUUGCUUGGCAACACUGAAGCGGUUGACCACUUCCCAGACUUGUCAGGGAUGGUCCGUCAUGAGGCAGCACUGCAUGGGGACCUUAUUCAGUGGGAUUACCGCGAUACCUUCUUCAAUCUCACCCUGAAGGAGGUUCUCUUCCUGGAGUGGCUGGGCAAUCACUGCCCCUCAGCCCGCUACGUCUUUAAGGGUGACGACGACGUCUUCGUCAACACCCGCCACAUCCUGAGGUACCUUGGUGGACUUUCAGGUACCGCGGCACGGGAUCUAUUCAUUGGAGAUGUGAUAACCAAUGCCGGACCUCACCGGGACAAGAAGCUAAAGUACUACAUCCCUGAGAGCGUCUUUGUGGGACCCUACCCGCCCUAUGCCGGUGGGGGAGGGUACCUCUAUUCAGGCAGUGUGGCACUACGCCUGAAGAAUGUCUCGCAGCACAUCUCCCUGUUCCCCAUUGAUGAUGUCUAUACAGGCAUGUGUCUGCAGAGACUGGGCCUGGUGCCCGAGAAGCACAAAGGCUUUAGGACGUUCAACAUCGAAGAAAAGUACAGAGAGAACGCCUGCGCCUACCAGAGCUUGAUGCUGGUGCAUCCCAGGAGCCCACAGGAGAUGAUUAAAAUCUGGAGCUGGAUUAGUGAUCCUGGAUUGAACUGCUAGUGACAGUCUGACAGCUCAAGAUUGACUAAGUUAAAUUACACUAUUACUAAGAAACAGGUUCAGAUGCUGUACGUCUGAUCAUGAAUCUGUUCUAAAAAAACAAAACCUGGUCUUCAGUUCCAGUGCGAGGUAAUGUCUUGAAUUGGUGACCAUGGAUUGAAUUGUUAGCUCUGGAUUGUCCCAAUGAUUUUUUGCAUAACUAAAUAGUUGAAAUGUAAACUAUUCAGUUGUUCAGAAUGAUUUGAUAUAAAAUAGUGGAUUGUACAGAAACAUACUGACUCAGAUUUCUUUGCAGUGGUGGUGAUAAGGGGUUGUGAAGUCUACAAUGGCCAUUUUAUUUAUCAUACCACGUGACCAGUGAACCUGCAGGUGUCUUCUGAGUUUUUAUAUGUAAUGUUUUUGAUAAUGGUCAAUUUUACUUCGGGCAGGGAGAGUUCUUUGGGGUCUGUUUUCCCUGACAAUGCACUUGAAUGUACGCUAUGAAUGUAACAUUUAUAUGAGGUAACUUUUAGAGGCAUUAAAGCUUCAAACAUCUGCUUCCUCUCACCACCACUGUGAACAAUUCUGACUCUCCAGAAUUUCAUAUCAAACCACUCUGAAUGACUUUUCAACAAUUAUGCAAACAUUUGAAAAAAAUCAUGGAAACUGUCAGUCAGAAGCCGCUCCAGAGGACCAAAAAAGUUUUAAUUAGUGUUCUUGUCCAAUCUUGAAUCAGUGACCCUAGCUUGAACUACUCGUGAGAGUAUUGUAGAUUGAUAAUAUCUGUUCAUGGAGCAGGGAUCCUGAUUUAAUCUUUAAAUGGAAGAUAGCUCUCGAAGUUUAGUGGCUGAUCUUGCAUCAAUGCCCAGUUGACUGAGUGUUUUUUUGUUUGUUUGUUUUUGUUUGUUUUUGUUUUUUGGGGGCGGGGUUUGGCAAUUGCCCUUCUGAUCAGCUGUCAGAUUACCUUGCUUCUCUCACAUGUUUGAAUUUCUCAGGAUAUCUAUGCCUUUUAUUCUGCAGGAAGUGAGACCUGAGCCCAAGUAUGAUAUGCGUUUAAAGUCUCUCUGUGUAGUAGAGCUGAUCCCGGUUCUAGAUCAGUGCACACAAGGAUGCUGCACAGAAAUGCAGAAACCUGUAGCGUGGAAGCUGGGAAGGAUCUGUUGGACGUUGUUUCUUUAAGCCAGGGGUGCACAACUCCAGUCCCCGAGGGCCGGUGUCCACAGUUUGGUGUUUUACCUACUAAGACACACCUGAUUGCAUUUAUCUGUUAAUUGGCAGGUUUAGUGGGUGUGUUUAAGUAGGGAAACCUCCAAACUGUGCUGGACACCGGCCCUUCAGGACCAGAGUUGCGCACCCCUGCUUUAAGCCAUUCAGCUGUCAGUAUGCUUUAGAGAGUACGUCAUUGUUUUUAUCAUCUCAUCAGCUUUAAAUACAACUACACCUUAAGUCAAAAAGCACUGCUCAGAUGCACAUUCACUGUGUUGCCAGUUUAUUAGAUACUCUGGUCUUGUACCUAUGAGGCCCCCUACCUUACAGGUCUGUUGCGUACAUAAUUACACUGUAGCCUGUUGUCCACCCUCCAUUCAUCUGAACUGCUGACCAGAUAUUAUUUGAAUGGUAGACCAUUCUCCACACUGAUGUGGUCAUGGUAUCAGGCACAGAAGCCGCUCUCUUUUAGCUCCCCUUUGCUGGUGUACAGUUAGAGGCUGAUGCACAUCUGUUGAUGUGCAGUUUGUGUUAGUCAUCCUCUAGCUCAUCAUCAGUGGUCAGUUUCUGACCACAGAGCUGCUCUUGACAGGAUAUUUUUAAAGCACUCAACCUCAGCAGUGGACAGCGUUAUGCCUGAUGCAGUCAUACCCACUACCACACACUAUCAUAACCAAUACCACGUCCAACAUCCAAAUAAUAUCAGGCGAGUGGUGGUCCUAUGGUGGACCACUGAUGGAAGAAGGGAUGAUGUGGGUUGUGGACAGCAGUGAAGAAGUUGUUCUUUAAAUGACUUAAGAGAUAUGAAAAUACAACAAAAUGGCUUGGGCUAGAGGUGAAGUUAUAAAAUGCUGAUAAAUACUCUUAGAUGUCUGUUUUGUCUGUCAUUUUUGGAUGUUUGUCAGUAAUCAUUACAUUUAAAACUGUUUAAAUAAUAUCAAAUAUCAUUUAACCGUGGGAUCACCUAUCAUAUAAUGGCCAUUUAACCACCCAGUGCCUGGCAAGCAAUGUUAUUAAUCUCCUGUGCAGCAGUGUCUGAUAUUUAAGAGUGGUACUUGGUAUUUCUUCCUAUAACAUUUGCCCAAUAAAGAAUGUAGUCAGAUGCAACUACGCAGAGCAUUUUCUGGCAAGGCAUUCGCUACUACGGCAAACAUUUGUGAAUCUGUCUCAUUGAUUUGAAUAGGACCUGGAACCAAAGGUUAUUUCAUCACUCGUAUGAAAAUUCUCAGGAUGAUGUGUGAAACUCAUUGACUUCCAGUGAGAACAUUUUUUACAGCUGGUUUUCAGUGUAAAAUUGGAGGGGAGCUUAUUCUCAUAUCUGAAACUGUGAGAUAUGAGGACUUUGUGUCUGCUGAUUUUUCACCCUGGGACACACAGCAAGCCUAGUUUUCGGCUUCAGUCUAAAAUGGCUCUCAGUGCAAAAGUGCCCUAUGUAGUGCACUGUAUAGGGACUAGGGAACAAUUGUAACUUCAGUACAUUCCCCAUUGAAUAUGAUUCCUAUUCAAGUAUUGGACUUGAUAAUCGUAGACCAAGACAUUUUACUUGUACUCAUAAAACUUAAAAUACCAAGAAAUGCAUCCUAAAAUCAGUCCUUGCUUUUUCUGUGUGAAUAUUUAGAGGCUAUGAAUUUUGUAUUUGUAUUGAUUGUGUGUCUGUGUGUAAGAGCUCCAUAAGGUUGUGAAGUCUCCUCUGCUGACUGCUUAAAAAAAUCAUUUCAGGGCUGCAAAUUGUGUAUUUUUUGAUAACUAUUUAUUUGUCUUUUUGUUCGACUACACUGCUGUGUUGAAUUCCAGUAUUUAGACACGUGUUGGUGUGUUUCUGUGAACCAGCCUGCUGCCUUGGAUUAUGACAAAGAUGUUGCCUUAAUUUUUCUGAUGUUAUCUCACUACGACUUGGGGAAAUCUUAUCCCAAGAUAAUGUCACUCAGCCACUAUGGACCUAUGGCAGUAAAUUACACAACCUGGGGAACAACACUGGAACAUAAAACACUUUUUUUAGAGGUGUCCAGUUGUGGGCAUGAGCUUCUGGUGCCUUAAGACUUUCUGUCAGUUUUGUAUGUUUUCAAAGAAAAAGAAUAAAGUUAAAGUGUAAACA